UUCAUUCUUUUCUGGGAGCAAGACAGUGGCAUGCUCCCUUGUUUAGCUUAGUAUUCUAUUCAUGGAAAAGGGCUUACUGUUAUCUUAGGGAUUUCAACUGGAAACUAGUGGAUCCUGGUGGUUGUUUCCAGACUGCAAUGUAAAGACUCCCAUUAAAGAACUGGGCAUUAAGAUCGAGGUUUACACUUUUGCAUGAGUAUUAGGCUCCUCUGUCCAAGACAAGCAGGAAGAACGCAUUUUAUAAGUAGCACAUACUGUAUUUUUUUGCAGGAGAAAAUGGUGGGAGGAGAUGCCUCUAAAAUGGUUGCUUCUAUGAAUUAUUCCCUAGACAUCCAUCGUCCCCAAACCCCUCGAUAGCAAAUCCGCCCUUGAGGAGGUCAAGAGGUGCCCCAGCCCAGGGCUAUUGCAAAGCAACCUUUGGAUGCAAACUAGCUCCUACCCAGGAUACCUUACGGGAGUGACACUUAACUUCUCCAGUGCCCUCCUUUUCAAGUAGGCACGAGCACGUUCAGAAGGCCUGGCUUGGCCCAGCUCAACUUCCGUAGCUCCGAGAAGCUGGGGCGAUUUUGUCGCAAAACCACGCGAGACUUCCGCGUCUCCACCCUCUUCCCGUCAUUCUUUUAAUCUCGGAGUUUUAGUUUGGUCCGGGGGUCUUGUUUUGUAGUUGGAGGCCGAGCUCCGGGAGUGACGUAGGACGCGCGCGCGCCUCCUUGCCCCCCCCCCCCCCCCGCGGUCCCGCUCUUCUCUUCCCCUUCGUCUCCGGGCUGAGAAUCCCAGCGUCUCCUUCCAACCCUCUUUGUGGUCCAUUGUCGCUCGUUCCGGUCCGCCCGGAAAACAAGCCCGCCGGCGCGCGCUUCCAACGGCCCCGACCGCUGCCAGGCCUCCUCUGACAGCACCAUGGGUGACAGUGAUGAUGAAUACGACCGAAGACGCAGGGACAAAUUUCGAAGAGAGCGCAGCGAUUAUGACCGUUCCCGGGAAAGGGAUGAAAGACGGCGAGGGGACGAUUGGAAUGACCGAGAGUGGGACCGUGGCCGGGAGCGCCGCAGUCGGGGUGAAUAUCGAGACUACGACAGGAACCGAAGGGAGCGCUUCUCUCCCCCUCGACACGAACUAAGCCCCCCCCAGAAGCGCAUGCGGAGAGACUGGUGAGGUGGCAUCACUUUCUUUUUUUACCCUCAGGUCCCUCAGGCCUCAGCCCUGCUCCUGCUGAAAGCUGGCUGCUUCCUUGCCUCAGUAUCCCACACACCCAGCGUUCCUUUGUCCCUUUUAUCCCUUGGGGAUGAGCACAGCUCUGACCCAUACCACAGUGGCUAUGACAUGCCCUAUGCUGGGGGGGGUGGGGGACCAACUUACGGCCCCCCUCAGCCCUGGGGCCACCCAGACGUCCACAUCAUGCAGCACCAUGUCCUGCCCAUCCAGGCCAGGCUGGGCAGCAUCGCAGAGAUUGACUUGGGGGUGCCACCGCCCAUAAUGAAGUCCUUCAAAGAGUUCCUCCUGUCUCUGGAUGACUCUGUGGAUGAGACAGAGGCAGUUAAACGCUACAAUGACUACAAGCUGGACUUCCGAAGGCAGCAGAUGCAGGACUUUUUCCUGGCUCACAAAGACGAGGAGUGGUGAGUGCCCCUGCUUGCCUGCCCCCUUGGCCCUGGCCCAUUUCUCUGGUUUGGCUGGAGGAGCUGCAGCCCUGUCCUCUGGUUCUCCCCACCGUGGCACUUCCUGGGAGUGGGGAAGGGGAGGGAAACACUGUUGGCUGGUGGGAUCACACCCACCUCCUUCUCUGCCUUCCUCACUGGGACACCUCCAGGCAGCUGACCAGAGCCACUUAGCCUCUUGGUACAGCACACAGACUGCGAUCCUCUUGUUGGUGUGGGUCAUUGUCAUCCCCAGUCAACAGGACCCAGUGUGGCCGUGGUCUCCCAAAGGCAACGAGUGAAGCCAGACAAGAACAGCCAAGAUCUCAGGGUCGUUUGACAGAAAAAAAGAAUUUGAAUUUUUUUUUUCCUUAUGUGGAUGUUUUAAUUUUAAUCAACCAUCUUUUCCCCCCUCCUGCUCCUCCUCCUCAUCCUCUUUCUGCUCCUCCUCCUUGAAAAGAGCCAGAACUGGGAACUACACCCGCUCAUCGACGGAGCUCGGAGCAAACCCACCUCCACCCCCACCAUACCCAGCCCAUACAUGAGCCCCCGGGCUGAGCGGCGGGGCCGGCCAGGCAGACAGGCAGGGCACCGCUGUGCACAAUGCAGUGGUCUAGCUGAAUGUAUUGCUCAGGCAGCUAGUCAGUCAGGGCCCCCACCGCGGAGGCCCGCGGGGGCGGGGCAUCUAGGCCGGUCACCCCAGCCAGGAGCCAGCGGGCAGCCCGCCAGCCAGCAUGGGCCCUGGGCGCCACUAGUUAAAUCUUGAGCUCUGUUUGACCAAGCAGCCAAGGUAAAGACCCUGGAGGCGACGCCUGCGGCUUUCCUCUCUGCCCAGCCUGCUCUGUCCUGUCUCAUGUGCCCUCUGACUGCCCUGUGUGUCUUGGGAUCGCUCGUGCACCUUCCAUUCUUUCUCUCUCCAUGUUCUUGCUCUCUGCUACACACUUCUUGUUUCUGUUUUCUCAACCUGUCUGUCUUUGUUUUAGAUUUCGGGGCCCUCACAUUUUCCCCAUUUCUCCUUUUCUCCUACCCCUAAUUUCUUCUGCCUUUGUUUUUCUCCCCUGCCCUCAGAGGCCUAUUAAAAUGUUUUCUUUUUCAUGCUCUGCCCAGAUCCUAACCCUCCAGCCCUCUUCUAUCCCAUGGCCUACCUGAGGCUGUGCAGGCACUUGGCCUCUUUCUUUGCUCUUUCCUGCCCCUCUGCCUUUUCUUCCUUCGAGGGGAGAAAGGUGUCCUGCCUUUUGGCCUUUUCUAUCUGGUACACUUGAGGUUUCCUUCUGGCUCCACCUGGGGUGGAGGGAGUUGGUGGGAACCUCAUCUGGGCUUGGCCAGGAGAGGGAGGUUCUCUGGGGCUCCUGCUCCCUCAGCUUUUCUGAAGCUAUGGGAAAGGGCACCUUCUCAGCCUAGUGCUUCCCAGAGGCUCACAGCAGUAGAGCUGCCUCAUAACCCUGGCCUUCCCCAGAGCCAUGGUCCUCCUAACCCAGAGCUCUCAAUUCCUGGUUCUCCCCAGAUCUUUCCAGAGUACGACCUCUGGUUCCUUUUGGGGUGUUGGGUGGUUUUAGUGCACCCCUUUCUUGAUUUUAAGACCUUCUGUGGGUGUGAGAGGCUAUGCCCUGCCUUUCUUGGGCCCCUCCCCACAUUCUGGUCUUGACUGCUCGUAACUGUUUUGUCUCUCCCAUCCUGCUUGCUUUCUUGUCCAGGUUCCGAUCUAAGUACCACCCUGAUGAGGUGGGAAAGCGUCGGCAGGAGGCCCGGGGGGCCCUGCAGAACCGGCUGAAGGUGUUCCUGUCCCUCAUGGAGAGUGGCUGGUUUGAUAACCUUCUCUUGGACAUAGACAAAGCUGAUGCCAUUGUCAAGAUGCUAGAUGCAGCUGUCAUUAAGAUGGAAGGUGGCACAGAGAACGAUCUCCGAAUUUUGGAGCAGGAGGAGGAGGAGGAACAGGCAGGCAAGACUGGGGAGGCCAGCAAGAAAGAGGAGGCCCGUGCUGGACCAGCCCUGGGAGAAGGAGAGCGCAAAGCCAAUGAUAAGGAUGAGAAGAAAGAAGAUGGAAAACAGGCUGAGAAUGACAGUUCCAACGAUGACAAAACUAAAAAAUCUGAGGGUGAUGGGGACAAGGAGGAGAAGAAAGAAGAGGCUGAGAAGGAAGCCAAAAAGAGCAAGAAGCGGAACAGGAAGCAGAGUGGCGAUGACAGCUUCGAUGAGGGCAGUGUGUCCGAGUCUGAGUCCGAGUCUGAGGGUGGCCAGGCCGAGGAGGAGAAGGAGGAGGCCGAAGAAGCACUUAAAGAAAAGGAGAAGCCCAAAGAGGAGGAGAAGGAGAAGCCUAAGGAUGCUGCAGGGUUGGAGUGUAAGCCCCGGCCCUUGCAUAAGACUUGCUCUCUCUUCAUGCGCAACAUCGCACCCAACAUUUCAAGGGCAGAGAUCAUUUCUCUUUGUAAACGAUACCCAGGCUUUAUGCGAGUGGCACUGUCAGAGCCCCAGCCAGAGAGGAGGUUUUUUCGCCGUGGCUGGGUGACUUUUGACCGCAGUGUUAACAUUAAGGAGAUCUGUUGGAACCUGCAGAACAUUCGGCUCCGGGAGUGUGAACUGAGUCCCGGUGUGAACAGAGACCUGACCCGUCGUGUCCGCAACAUAAAUGGCAUUACACAGCACAAGCAGAUAGUGCGCAAUGACAUCAAGUUGGCAGCCAAGCUAAUCCACACACUGGAUGACAGGACCCAGCUCUGGGCCUCUGAGCCUGGGACGCCUCCUGUGCCCACAAGCCUCCCCUCGCAAAACCCCAUCCUGAAGAACAUCACUGACUACCUGAUUGAGGAAGUGAGUGCGGAGGAGGAGGAGCUUCUGGGGAGCAGUGGGGGACCCCCUCCUGAGGAGCCUCCCAAGGAGGGCAACCCAGCCGAGAUCAACGUGGAGAGAGAUGAGAAGCUGAUCAAGGUCUUGGAUAAACUUCUUCUCUAUUUGCGUAUUGUGCAUUCUCUGGAUUAUUAUAACACCUGUGAGUACCCUAAUGAAGACGAGAUGCCCAACCGCUGUGGCAUAAUCCACGUUCGGGGGCCCAUGCCUCCCAACCGAAUUAGUCACGGAGAAGUGCUGGAGUGGCAGAAGACAUUUGAGGAGAAACUGACUCCACUGUUGAGUGUGCGUGAAUCCCUUUCUGAGGAAGAGGCCCAGAAGAUGGGUCGAAAAGACCCAGAGCAGGAAGUGGAGAAGUUUGUCACCUCCAACACGCAGGAACUGGGCAAGGAUAAGUGGCUAUGUCCUCUCAGUGGCAAGAAAUUCAAGGGCCCGGAGUUUGUGCGCAAGCAUAUCUUCAAUAAGCAUGCCGAGAAGAUCGAGGAGGUGAAGAAGGAGGUGGCGUUCUUCAAUAACUUUCUCACAGACGCCAAGCGCCCAGCUUUGCCUGAGAUCAAGCCAGCUCAGCCACCUGGCCCUGCCCAGAUACUCCCCCCAGGCCUGACCCCAGGACUUCCCUACCCACAUCAGACGCCACAGGGCUUGAUGCCAUAUGGUCAGCCCCGGCCUCCCAUCUUGGGCUAUGGAGCUGGUGCUGUCCGCCCUGCAGUCCCAACAGGAGGGCCUCCAUACCCCCAUGCUCCAUAUGGUGCCGGCCGUGGGAACUAUGAUGCUUUUCGAGGCCAAGGCGGUUAUCCUGGGAAACCUCGGAACAGGAUGGUUCGAGGAGACCCAAGGGCCAUAGUGGAGUAUCGGGACCUGGAUGCCCCGGAUGAUGUUGACUUCUUUUGAGCCAUCCAUGUCCCCUCCUGCAUUGCUACAUCAGUACCCGUGACCACUUUAUCCCAUCAGCUGAAAAGUUUUUUGUACGUUAUUUUACCCGCUAGUAAAAACACUUUGGUAGUGUGUGUUAA